CACAGGGAGUGACAGACCUCUAUUCAAAUACCCAAUUCAACUUGAACCAGCAGUUGUUUGUUCCAUCACUUCUUUUGUUUUACUUGCUACCGUUUUACAUCCCCAAGAUACAACCAUGUCCACCAACACAGUUGUCUCGCUAUACCGGCGGUCUUUAAAACUUGCGCUCGACUGGGCGGUUCACAGACAGAUUUGGCGCGGCCAAGCAGUAUACAUUCGAUCGCUGUUCGAAGCAAACAAGGACGUUCGCGACCCCCGCCAACAAAAGGUGCUGUUGAGAGAAACGGAAAAGUUACUAGAUACCUGGAAACACCCUGAUCCCUACAGAAUGCCCACUGCUCCCGGCGGUAACAAAUAUGAGAGAAACAUUCCUGCUCGGCAAUUACCUCUUGCUUCCGAUCACGCCAACAGUCACUGAGGGCGCUGUGCAAGCAAGAGGUGGGCUGUUUUGUAGGUUAUGGCGAAUGCGCAUAUCAACAAGUGGUAGAUAGCAAACCUCGGCAUUGUAACAUUUCAUCUUUCCUACGCCAAAACCAACAACAGGUAAACUACUGCUUUACCAAUCGGGACUAUAUCUCCAAUCUACUACUAGACAUACAAUACGCUCGUAUAACGCAACGUGAAACAUCUUUAAAAAACCGCAUAAUUGAUCAUUCAGAUGGUUUCCCAUCAAAUUUGAUAAUGACCGAAAGCUAAGAUCCCUUAAUAAGCUGUCGGUAUCAUUCCAUGCCCGUAGACAUAAUAUACAACCAUUAAAAAAAAAAAAGCAGAGCCAUAAACGUGCCCAGUCCAGAACCCCGAAUCACAUCAAUAACAAAACCGAAUCACGCCGGAAAUAAACCC